AUGAAAGCCGCGGGAAAGAAGGGAUCAUGUAGAUCAUCAAUACGUUUGUGUGAAGAGAAAUUCAGCUGUGAAACCCAGAAUCCAGCGGCUGCUAUUGUUUGUUUUGAGUGUGGGGAUGCAGCUCAAUGUUUGAAGUGUGAUUCAGCCAUCCACUCCAUGAAAAAGAAUCAGAACCAUACAAGAGAGACAAUUCCCUCUCCUAAACCUGAUCUGUUAUGCCAGGUAUCAGAAUUGAAUGGACAAUGUAAAUCAAAGAACUAUGCUGAUGUUUAUUGCCAGGAUUGUUAUUAUCGAUUCUGUUUUGAUUGUAAUGAUAAAUACCAUCAAAGAAGUGACAAAGCCAAGCACAAUUUUGUUGACACCAAUUCAUUUCAAACUCAGAGUUUCCACUCCGACAGUAGUAGUGUGCCUGAUAUUUGUCAAGAUGUGGGUGAUAUGAAUAUUAGAAGAGAUACCAUUGAAGACGAAGCCCGGAAUAGUUUCCUUCUAUCAUCAGAAGAUGAAAAUCUACAAGUAGAAAGUGAUAACGAAUUUAUUAAGAAAUUGGGAUGUGAUGAAGAUGCUAUGGUGAAAGUUAUUUCCAUAUUUGGAAAUACUGGAGAUGGAAAAUCGCACACACUGAAUUACACAUUUUUUAAAGGAGAAGAAGUCUUCAAAACAUCAGCUGAUCAACAGUCUUGUACUGUGGGAAUCUGGGCUGCUUAUGAACCUCAUCAGAAAGCUAUUGUCAUUGACACUGAAGGAUUGCUAGGUGUUUCCAGUAACCAAAAUCAACGUACAAGGCUACUACUGAAAGUUCUUGCCGUAUCAGAUGUUGUUAUUUAUAGAACCAGAGCCGAAAGACUACACAAUGACAUGUUCAAUUUUAUAGGCAGUGCAUCUAAAGCUUAUCUAAAACAUUUCUCCGAGGAGCUACAAACGGUCAGUAAGAAAUGUAAAAAUAAUACCAGUAUCACAACUUUGGGACCAGCAAUUGUAAUAUUUCAUGAGACCACUCACACUGAAGUUUUCAAAACAAAAGGUCUGGGGAAAAACUGUCCUGGUAUACGUGAACGCAUUACAGAUUCAGAAUGCAUGAUGGAUGCUUUUAGCGAUAUACGUUAUGUUGGAACAAAAACUAACAUUGGAACUCAAACUGAUUUCUUAGAAUUGAAGAAAGUGGUGGUGGAUAUAUUAGGAAAUAAUAGUAUAAGAGCUCAUCGUAGACCAGCGGUUGUUCUUCAGGCUCUAAAGACACUGAAUGAGAAAUUCAAUGGGGACAUAGAGAAACCCACACCCAAUUCCUUUCCUGAUCAGUACUUUACCUGUACUGAAAAAUGUUUGGCUUGUGGUAAUCGAUGUAUCCAUAGCAUGAAUCACAAUACACAAAUUGAUCCUCAUGAAACAAGUCCUGAACAUAUCUGUCAAUAUCAACACCAAUAUGGUAACAAAGUUUAUUUGUGUAAGGCUUGUAAAAAAUCUGGACACAUCCGCAUUGUUGUUCCUAAAACAUCUAGCUCUAGUGAUAAUUCAUGGGUGGGAUUUGGAAAGUAUUUGUGGUCUGGUUAUGUAUUGGAAUGUCCAAAAUGUGGUAUUAUUUUCCGUAGUCGUCAAUAUUGGUAUGGUAAUAAGGAAGAAGAAGCUGUUUGUGAAGUUGAUAUACGCCAUAUUUGGCCUGGCAGUAACCGAGGGCUAGAGGGAAACCAUAAUGCAGCUAGAAAGGUUCUGGAUGGUUUUCAUUAUGUGGCUGAUACCAUUUCAACAAUCAGUGCCAAACCAACCAAAAAUUUGAUGGAAUGGACAGCAGAUCAAAUAGCUCCAGAAUAUUGGGUGCCAAACUCUCAAAUAUUGGAAUGUUCAAGUUGUCAAGUUGCUUUCACUAGUAAUACGCAGAAACACCAUUGCCGAGCUUGUGGGGAAGGUUUCUGUGAUAGCUGCUCAUCUAAAGUUCGUCCCGUUCCUGAACGAGGUUGGGGUUUUUCAGCUGUAAGAGUCUGUGAUGAAUGUUUUGAUGAAAGAAAAAUUAAAGAAAAGAAAGCUGUGGCAGCUGCAGCAGGUGACAGUGUUCAUACAGCACGAAAAGUUGGUGAAGCAGUUAGUUCGACUAUUGGAGUAAUGGCUUCCGCCAUCGAAUACCCAUUGGAUAUACUGAAAGAUUCAGCACGUCCUGAUUACUGGAUACCAGAUGAAAAGAUUAAUAAUUGUUGUGUUUGUAAGAAAGAUUUUGAUCUUUUGCUAUCAAAACAUCAUUGUCGUUCUUGUGGUAAUGGCGUCUGUGAUUAUUGUUCCCCCAAUCGAUUAUCAGUACCGAUUCGAGGGUGGGAUUAUCCUGUCAGAGUUUGUAAAAACUGUGAAAAGAAUAUUGAGCAAAUCUGA